ACAUCGGUUUAUUUUUUCCUAUGUUAAAUAAUUUCCAAUGCACAAUGAAUUCCUAAUCUUCUGAUUUAUUGGUGCAAUCCAUUUGACUAAAGUUUCCUUACUGAGUGCUCUAAACAUCUAGGAAUGAAUGCUGACUAGUACAGCAGUUAAAAACAAAUACAUAAGUGACAUUUUGUAAGUUAUCAGUUACAACCCAUGAAAAAUGAAUUCGCCAACAAAUUAGGAAGCCACGGGACUUCAGUUCCCAUCAUGCACCUUAAAUUUCUGAGGGGAAGUGUUUGCCGAUAACCUACACGAGAAACCUUACAUUGGCAAUGUGAGGUCUGUAGUCCUUGAGUAUGUGGGAAAAAUUCUCAAUAUCGAUGCUGCUGUCACAACGAUCCCUGCCUUCAUUUGUGGCAGUGGGAAGACGAAUUGCCUCUUCAGUGCAUGCUGGUGCACUGGAUUUUGUUCCAUUCAGCAGCUCAGUUGACAGUCUCUCCUUAGAACAGCUCCAGAUGUUUGUAUCACAAGCCUCACAUCUUUUUGUAAUAACUGGAGCAGGACUGUCGACAGAGUCUGGAAUCCCUGAUUAUCGCUCAGAGGGAGUGGGCCUGUAUGCACGGACAAAUCAGAGGCCCCUGCAACAUGCCGAGUUUGUGCAUAGCACUAAGGCUCGGCAGCGCUACUGGGCUCGUAACUAUGUGGGCUGGCCAAAGUUCUCGUCACACCUGCCCAAUUCAGCUCACUAUGCCUUAAGGAACUGGGAAAAGAGCGGCAAAAUUCACUGGCUUGUCACUCAGAAUGUAGAUGCUUUACAUUCAAAGGCAGGACAGCAGAGCUUGACUGAGCUGCAUGGCUGUUCCCACAGGGUGAUUUGCCUGGGUUGCAGGAAGCUGACUGCACGGGAGGAGCUCCAGAAGCGCUUUGCUGCUCUAAACCCCUACUGGCAGGCGAGCGCAGGGACAGUGGCGCCUGAUGGGGACGUUCUCCUGGAGGACGAGCAGGUGCUGAACUUCAGGGUGCCUGUAUGUCAGGCCUGUGGUGGCAUCCUCAAGCCUGAUGUGACAUUUUUCGGAGACACAGUCGAUCGCACGGUUGUGCAGUUUGUGCAAGAUAGGCUUGCUGAGUCUGAUGCUGUACUUGUGGCUGGAUCCUCACUGCAGGUUUUUUCUGGAUACCGUUUCCUGUUAGCAGCCAAUGAGAGACGAAUCCCAGUGGCCAUCCUGAACAUCGGCCCCACAAGGGCUGACCACCUUGCUGAAAUUAAAGUGAGCGCUCGCUGUGGAGAAGUGCUUCCAACCCUCAUUCCCACUUGAGACAAAAAGAGAUGGAAGGCAUUUUUAGCAUAGUUUUGCACUUGUUUUGGACCUUGUGUCACUCACAAAACCCUCUCAAGACGGCUGCUCCUCAUAACAGUUGGUAUUCUGCCUCAAAAAGCAAUGAGCAGAAAACACUAUAAAGCCUUUAGGAUAUUUGAUCCAUCUGUAUGAGGGUGAUUUUUUUUGAUAAUGAACUUUUACUUGACCCAGCUUGUUUUAUUUGGUGACAACUGGACAGAAUUCAUGAUGGGGAAUGUGAAAAUGACUUAAGACUUGCAACUUACUUGCCUUUACUUGCAACUCAGUGUAACAAAGGUAAUAAAAAAGGUAGUGUUGUUAAGAC